GCCCUUAUAAUAGUGCGGAGCUUCAGGCUCCAGAGCUUCAGUUGCAUCCCCGCAGCGUACAAUCAUUCGCGUUUGCAAAACAAUGGACGCACCAAAGCGAAAAGCGUCCCAAAAGGCAUCAGGGAACCAUAGAACAACGCUGUCGUUGAAGAAGACGGAAAUAUGUAUCAACGUCUAUGAUCUGCUCCCUCCUGGAAAAUUAUCAUCAAUUCUAUGGACGAUUGGAGGCUCUUUGCUUCACUCGGGCGUAGUUAUCGGCGAUAAGGAGUAUGCUUACGGCGGCCAUGAUCGACCUGGGAUGAGUGGCGUUUAUUGGACCAAGCCUCGCAUGGAACCGCCAGGUGGGACGUUUCGCUGUGAGAUUCUGCAUGGUUUCACCAUCCGUCCUGAUAGCGAGAUUGACUCCAUCGUAAAAGAGGCAUCUCAGAAGUUUCAAGGAACCUCCUACAACCUGCUUACCAAUAAUUGUAACCAUUUCACAUCAUAUUUAUGCCAGCAGCUCACGUCGAGACCCGCCCCUGCCUGGUUGAAUCGUGCGGCUAGCAUUGGUUUGGCCCUCCCAUGCGUUGUUCCUAGGGAAUGGAUUGCGCCACCCGACCACGACACCGCAGACGGAGAGUUGCUUGAGGAAGAGGAUGACGACGAACGAGCACACAUGCUGAGUGAUAGCAGUCGGCGAAGACCUAGGCCGCUUGAUGAUGAACUUGCGAGCGAUGUCUGGGACAGCGAUCAGGACCGACGCAAUGGAGGAAGCGGGAAGGGCAAGGCAACAAUAAGGGAUAGUAGUGGAAGGACAAUGCCUGUCAGUGAACGUGCUCCCCCUCCACAUCGCCAUUGA